UUAUUAAACCCCCCACUAUUCUUCCCAGUCUCUCAUUUUCCACACACACAUACACAUAUUUUCAAUUUCAAUACACUUUUUUUAUCUCCUCUUCAUCAGCUUAGCGUCAUGGGCAAGAUCAAAAUCGGAAUUAACGGAUUUGGAAGAAUCGGACGAUUGGUGGCUCGAGUAGCGUUGCAGAGAGAUGAUGUUGAGCUUGUUGCUGUUAAUGAUCCCUUCAUCUCUGUUGAAUACAUGACAUACAUGUUUAAGUAUGACAGUGUUCACGGUCACUGGAAGCACCAUGAGCUUAAAGUCAAGGAUGACAAAACCCUGCUUUUCGGAGAGAAACCUGUUGCCGUUUUCGGUUCAAGGAACCCAGAAGAGAUCCCAUGGGCUUCAACCGGAGCCGAAUAUGUUGUGGAAUCAACUGGAGUUUUUACUGACAAGGACAAAGCUGCUGCUCAUUUGAAGGGUGGUGCUAAGAAGGUCAUCAUUUCUGCCCCAAGUAAGGAUGCUCCCAUGUUUGUUGUGGGUGUGAAUGAGAAGGAAUACAAGAAGGACCUUCACAUCGUCUCAAAUGCCAGCUGCACCACCAACUGUCUUGCCCCUCUUGCUAAGGUCAUCAAUGACAGGUUUGGUAUUGUUGAGGGUCUUAUGACCACUGUGCACUCCAUUACUGCUACCCAGAAGACUGUUGAUGGACCAUCAGCCAAAGACUGGAGAGGUGGAAGAGCUGCUUCGUUCAACAUCAUUCCUAGCAGCACUGGUGCUGCCAAGGCUGUUGGAAAAGUGCUCCCUCAGUUGAAUGGGAAGUUGACUGGUAUGUCUUUCCGAGUCCCAACUGUUGAUGUCUCGGUUGUUGAUCUCACUGUGAGGUUGGAGAAGUCGGCCACCUAUGAUCAAAUUAAAGCUGCUAUCAAGGAGGAAUCGGAGGGAAAGUUGAAGGGAAUAUUGGGUUAUACCGAUGAGGAUUUGGUAUCCACAGACUUUGUGGGAGAUAGCAGGUCUAGCAUAUUCGAUGCAAAGGCUGGAAUCGCAUUGAAUGACAACUUUGUGAAGCUUGUUUCGUGGUAUGACAAUGAGUGGGGUUACAGUUCACGUGUGGUCGAUUUGAUUGUUCACAUGGCGUCUGUGGAGUAAAUUUUGGUUCGGUAUGGAGAUGUCAUUUCUUAUCCAGCUUAGGUGUGUUCCAUCAAAAUAUGUAGGUGAAGUUGUCUUUGAGUUGGAAGUGUAAUAAAGUGCUGGGUAGGGUGAAUAAGAAGAUGUUUUGGUGGUUGGUCUUUCUAUCUUAUCCCCCCCUUGUGUUUAAGGGUUUUGGUUGAUAGGUAGAAAUCAGAAUGAUUGUGACUGUUUUUUGGUGUUACGUUGUUAUUUGAGUGGGUGGUUUAUAUUAUAUUAUCAAGUGGACCUCUCCUGGUUUUUGAGACAUUGAUGUGAAAGUUUAUUCUAUCUUUA